UGCGUCGUCUUGGACAGCACACGAAAUGGCGGGACUUAUGCACAAAGCGCCGUCCAUGGUAUACCAAUACUGCCAGCUCUUGUUCUUCUAGCACGACUUGCAGUAACAAUUUAUAAUUAGAGCUCCACCUCUUGCUCUUGCAUGUCGUGCAUGUUGUGACAUUGUAAAUAUUCUAUCUUGCUCGCUGUCGCUGAGUGAUUCGGUGGUACUAACAAGCGCUAUCGUCUCUUGGUACAACUUAGGUACAUGACGUACUACCUGCCGAUGUAUUGUUGUGUUUUUGGCCUAUGGGUCGCAGAUCUGGAGCGCUGCUUGGACUUACGAGGGAUCCUGCCAGACAUCCGGCGCUCCGAUUAUUGGCGUUGGCUACUGACAAAGCACCGCGAAGGUGAACAAAGAAAACGAGAGACGCGAAUUCUUAAGGCAGCUUACCGAAAGGAGUGA